UCUCCCUCCCUCUCUCUUUCUCUUUCUCUCGUUCCAUCUCCCAUCCAUCCUCGUCUCCACUAAAGCUUCUUCGCCCGUGGGUUUGCCACCAACUGUCUCCACACCAUGGCGUCUUCCGGCCCAAACCAGCCCGACUCCAUCCAGCAGGACCAGCCCUCCAAACUCGAGUUCAACGAGCCCCUGAAGAUGACCCGCACAAAGACCAUCCCCAAGGAGGCCACCCCCGCCCCCGGCCCCACCGCCACCACCGCGGCCGAACCCGUUGUCUCUGAGAAGACCCACACCAAGGGCAAGGAAGUCGACAAGAAGAACGCAGCCAAGGACAAACAUCUCGACAUUACCGAGCAUCUCUUCCCCAUCGAGGAGAUCGCUGCCAGACACGGAGUUAGCAUCGAUACUGCCAAGGCCGCCAACACCAAAGGUCUUGACUCUGCCGUCGCUGCUCAGCGUCUGAUCGAAAAUGGACCCAAUAUCCUCUCGCCUCCCAAGCAGAUUUCGCCCUUUAUGAAGUUCAUCCACUGCUUAACCUCGCUCUUCAACCUGCUCCUGAUCCUCGCCGGUAUCCUUAAUUACGUCCUGUUGGCUGUUGAUCCCCAGGGCAACAAAGUCAACACUUACCUAGGUGCUAUUCUUAUCAUUGUCGCCUUCAUCAAUGCAGGAAUCGAAUUUUACCAAGCCCAAAAGUCGGCUGCAGUGCUGCAAUCCUUCCUAAACUUGAUGCCCCAAAAGUGCUUUGUAAUCCGCGACCAGAAGGUCAUCCAAAUUACGGCCUCGGACCUUGUCCUAGGCGACGUUGUCUUUGCUCGUAUGGGCGACAAGAUCCCUGCCGAUAUCAUGAUCUAUGCCUGUACGGACAUGAAGGUCGACAACUCGUCUCUCACCGGUGAAGCCGAUCCUCAGGAUCGCAAUCCCGUCAACGACCACAAGAACCCUCUUGAGGCCCGUAACCUGGCCUUCAACGGAUCCCUGGUCGUCAAUGGUGAGGGCUACGGUCUGGUCAUCCGAACUGGUGACAACACCGUCCUGGGUCAGAUUGCGGGCCUUACAGCUGGAGAGGACUCUGGAAAGUCGCCUCUGACUCGCGAGAUCGACGACUUUGUCAAAAUCAUUGCUACGAUUGCCAUCACAACCGCCAUCCUCUUCUUCCUAAUCGGUUACUUUGCCGUUUACCGCCACCAGGCUGGUGGAAUCUCAAGCACCCUCAACUUUGCCAUCGGUGUCUUUGUCGCCUGGGUCCCUGAAGGUCUUCCUGCCACGGUCACGAUGUUGCUUACAAUUGCGGCCAAGCGUAUGGCCACGCAGAAUGUCCUGGUCAAGGACCUCACAGGUGUCGAGACUCUUGGUGCCAUUACCCUUCUCGCCACCGACAAGACCGGAACACUGACCCGCAACCAGAUGACGGUGACCAACAUCUGGUCAUCCAACACCAUGUACUCUGCAUUCCGCAGUGCCGCCAAUGCCGGAGCCCCCUUCGAUGCCAGUUCGCCCGGUAUUCCUGAGGUCCUCUCGAUCGCUUCCCUCUGCUCGCGUGCCAAGUUUGAUCGAACGGACGUCCCGAUCCCUGAGCGCCAGGUGCUUGGAGAUGCCACAGAAUCAGGUCUGACCCGCUUUGCGGCUGCGAAUAUCGGCAACUUUGACGAGCUGAAUGAUCUGUAUCCCAAGGUCUUUGAGGUUCCCUUCAACUCUGAGAACAAGUGGGCGAUGACGAUUCAUAACAAGCCGCACGACAACGGAAAGUUUACACUUUUGAUCAAGGGAGCCCCCGAACGUAUCCUGCGCCUGUGCAGCACUAUUCUCAUCAACAACCAGGCUGUUCCCUUGACGGAGGAAUAUUCAAAUGCGUAUGACCAGAUGUAUGCGUUGAUGGCCUCGAAGGGUCAUCGCGUCCUUGCGUUUGCCCAGUUGCUUUUGCCCCGUGCCCAGUUUCCCGACGACCACGUCUUUGACAAGGAGAAGAAGAAUUACCCGACCACUGACCUGUGCUUUGUCGGCCUCGUCUCCUUGGAGGAUCCUCCCAAGCAUGGUGUCCGUGAGGCGAUUGGUCGCUGCCGCUCUGCUGGUAUCCGUGUGAUGAUGGUCACUGGAGACCACCCUCUGACUGCCGAAGCCAUUGGACGCAAGAUCAACUUGAUUAUCUCGGAUACGAAGGAGAUGGUUGCAAAACAGCGUGGAUGCUCAGUGGAUGAGGUCGGGGAUGAGGAAUACGACGCGAUUGUGAUCCAUGGUGAACAGAUCGACUCUUUGUCGGAACAUGACUGGGAUUUGAUUUUUUCCAAGCCCGAGAUCAUCUUUGCCCGUACUUCGCCCAAGCACAAGCUGCAGAUUGUGAAGCACGCCCAGGCCCUGGGACAUAUUGUGGGUGUGACAGGAGAUGGAGUGAACGACUCGCCUGCGCUCAAGAAAGCGGACCUGGGUAUUGCGAUGAACAUUUCUGGAUCGGAUGUGUCAAAGGAAGCGGCGGCGAUGAUCUUGCUGGACGACAACUUUGCGUCGACGGUCCGUGGUAUUGAGGAGGGUCGGUUGAUCUUUGCGAACUUGAAAAAAUCGAUCCAGUACACGAUCACGCACUCGAUGCCGGAGGUGAUUCCGAACCUGUUGUAUGUGAUUGCGUCGAUCCCACUGCCCAUCAGUGCGAUGUUGAUCCUAGUCAUCGAUCUCGGUUUCGAGCUGUUUAUCUCGUUGACCUAUGCCUGGGAUAAGCCCGAGUCCAAGACUGGGUUGAUGCGAUUGCCGCCCCGCAAGCCCGUCACUCCAGCGUCGAUUGAACGCCGUCGUCGCUUGGCGACCCGUGAGCUGGCUCCUGUUCGUGAUGCGGAAUCGGGCGAGGAGAUCAAGCCGUCGCUCAUGGCUCGUAUGCACCACGAUUUCAAGGCGAUGUUCACGAGUUUGUACUGGAAAGAGAAGUUUGAGUCGACGGAGGAUGAGGUUCUGGUUGAUGCUGGGCUGUUGUCGUGGGCAUACCUUGAGGUCGGCAUGAUCCAGACGGUCGGCGCCCUAGUGACCUUCUUUGUGGUCCUGUACAAGGAAGGGGGCGUGACCCCGGCAAUGUCGGUCCAGAUGCAGAAGAACAACGAGUUCUCGGGCACGUCUCCCCCAGCGAACCAGGAAUUGUUGGCCAAGGCUCAGUCGUGCUUCUAUCUCGGCAUUAUGAUCAUGCAGCUCUUCAAUUUGUUUGCGUGCAAGACCCGGUACAGACUGCCCUUUGGCAUGUACAUGUUCUCGAACCCACGGACGUUUAUCGGAAUUGCGGUCGGAUGUGCGGUCGGAUUCCUAAUUGUGUACUGUCCAGGGUUCCCCGUCGUGUUUGGCACGUCGAACAGUACGCCAUUCGUAUACCUGAUGAUUCCGUUCGCGUUCGGAGUGUUCAUCUUGUUCUAUGCAAGCGUGCGACAGUUGAUCCUCAGGAGGCUCAAGCCGACGACGUUCAACCAGGAGAUCAUCGGGCUCAACAUGAUGCCUACCAUCAAGACUAUGUUCUCGCGCACCAAAUCCAUCCAGAGGCCCACUUAGAGGCCUCCUUCCUUCCUACCAUCCCCCCUAGCAUCUGCAGUUUGCAUUCUUUUUGUAUAUCAGUUAUUCACCCAAAGGAGAAAGUCCUUUUCAACAUGUAGUUCCCCAUAUCGUAGCGUAAUAAUAAAAUCCCAUGUUAAUACAGAC